AUGUGUGGAAUCUUUGGAUACUUGAACUAUCUCGUUGAGCGAGACCGAAAGUUCAUCCUCGAGUGCAUGCUCCAAGGUCUGUCGAGACUCGAAUACAGAGGUUACGAUUCCGCUGGUCUCGUUAUCGACGGUGACAAGGAAGGCGAAACCUUCUCCUUCAAGGAAGUCGGCAAGGUCAUCAAGCUCCGUGAACUCAUCGAGGCGGCCAAUCCCGACCCAGAGGCUACUUUUGUCUCCCACGCUGCUAUCUCUCACACCCGUUGGGCCACCCACGGAAAGCCUUCCCGUCUCAACUGCCAUCCUCAUAGAUCCGACCCAAAUUUCGAGUUCACCGUCGUCCACAACGGUAUCAUCACCAACUACAAGGAACUCAAGUCCGUCCUCGAGUCUAAAGGCCUCAAGUUCGAGACCGAAACCGAUACCGAAUGUAUCGCAAAGUUGGCCAAAUUCGUCUACGAUACAAACCCAGGUAUCGACUUCACCACCCUCGCCAAAGCCAUUAUUAAGGAGCUGGAAGGCGCUUUCGGUCUGUUGAUCAAGUCGACCCAUUUCCCACACGAGGUCAUCGCCGCCAGAAGGGGUUCCCCGCUCGUUAUCGGUGUAAAGACAAGCAAGAAGCUUAAGGUCGACUUUGUUGAUGUCGAAUACUCCGAGCUCGAGGGUGCCGCCCUCUCACCCGAAAAGGCCAGCCACAACCUCGCCGCUAAGAAAUCAAACACCCUCCUCGCUCCUCCCGAUAAGUCCCUCCUCCACAGGUCGCAAUCUCGUGCUUUCCUCAGCGACAAUGGCUUGCCCGAACCCGCUGAGUUCUUCCUCAGCUCCGACCCUUCUGCCAUCAUCGAGCACACCAAGAAGGUCCUCUAUCUCGAGGACGAUGAUAUCGCUCACAUCCACGAGGGUCAGCUCAACAUCCAUCGUAUGAAGAAGGAUGAGGGAACCACCAGUGCCGUUCGAAGCAUCCAGACCCUCGAAAUGGAGCUUCAGGAGAUCAUGAAGGGUAAAUUCGAGCACUUUAUGCAGAAGGAAAUCUUCGAGCAGCCAGAGUCCGUCGUCAAUACCAUGCGUGGUCGUCUGGAUCUCGAAAACAAGACAGUGACUCUCGGUGGACUUAGUAGAUUUAUUUCCACCAUCAGACGUUGCCGACGGAUUAUCUUCAUCGCAUGCGGUACCUCCUAUCACUCUUGCAUGGCCGUCCGUGGUAUCUUUGAGGAGUUGACAGAAAUCCCUAUCGCGGUUGAAUUGGCGUCCGACUUUUUGGAUCGACAGGCCCCCGUGUUCCGAGACGAUACCUGUGUGUUCGUUUCGCAGUCCGGUGAGACCGCAGAUUCCCUGAUGGCUUUGAGGUUCUGCUUGGAGAGAGGCGCCCUCUGCGUUGGUAUUGUUAACGUUGUUGGUUCGUCCAUCUCUCUGCUCACGCAUUGCGGUGUUCACAUUAAUGCUGGACCGGAGAUCGGUGUUGCCUCGACCAAGGCUUACACAUCUCAAUACGUCGCACUUGUCAUGUUUGCGUUGAGCUUGAGCGAGGACCGAGCAUCCAAAUCGAAGAAACGAGGAGAGAUCAUGGAAGGUCUCGGCCGAAUUUCAGGACAGAUAAAGACUCUCCUGGACCAGGACAGUGCUAUCAAGGAGAUGUGCAAGAGGUUCUUCCAGGGCCAGAAGUCGUUGUUGUUGCUGGGACGUGGUCACCAGUUCGCAACAGCUCUGGAAGGUGCCUUGAAGAUCAAGGAGAUUUCGUACUUGCAUUGCGAGGCGGUUAUGUCUGGUGAAUUGAAGCACGGUGUUUUGGCGCUCGUUGAUGAGAACUUGCCAAUCAUUAUGAUUUUGACCAGAGAUGACAUUUUUGCCAAGUCGUUGAAUGCUUACCAGCAGGUUAUCGCCCGUGGCGGACGUCCUAUUGUGAUAUGCGCGGAGGGAGACGAAGCCUUUGCUCACGAACAGUGCGAGCGUAUCGAGGUCCCCCAGACUGUGGAUGUGCUACAGGGUAUUUUGAACGUUCUUCCCCUGCAGUUGAUUGCCUACUGGCUGGCUGUUCUCGAGGGCCUUAACGUGGACUUCCCCAGAAACUUGGCCAAGUCAGUUACUGUCGAGUAA